CAACGACAUAAAAAAUCAUGUAGUUUUGAAUUAAAAUGAUCGUUUGAAAUAUUUGAUACGAAUGAUUCUCUCGGAAGAGAAUUCUAUUGAAGUAUUAACGCUACCAUAUCAACAUUGACCGCAUAUAAAGACAUGAGUGACGUUUCUUAGUUCUUGAGAAUAAAUACCCGGAGCGAGUUGAAAGCGAUUAAUCCACAACUAUUGGAAUAUUUAAAGAAAUCGAGAAUAACAUAAUUACGUAUUACUAUGAGAUUUCACAAUUGACGCCGUCAAGUGCUAGAGCAAAUACAACGAUAUGUAAGACUUUCUGAAAAAGAAACUAGUAUAUCUGCGUUUGGAAUAGUUGGAGGCAGAAUAAAGAACGUGAUCGGAAUUUAUAAUCCAGAUUUACGUAACUAAUUGCAAAUUCUGAUUGUUCACUAAAAAACAUCAAACGCGUCCAUUAUUCGUAAUCAUAUCGAUUAGAAUGUAGAAUGUAUUUAUGCGGUUAUCAAAAAUCCUGAAGGAAAUCAAAGCUGGAAGUAUGUUUCUCAGGGAAGCUCUCGUUUUCAUGGUUGGCAUUUUCAAAUUUGUGUUUUGCAUCGAGAUAACGAGCAGCUACUUCAGUGGAAAGGUUGGCAGACUUUCCUCAAAUUUAAACGAGACUUACAUCAGUGUUGGCUCUACAAUUUCAUGUGCGAAGAAAUGCAUGCGCUCGCAGUGCUGCUUUUCUUACAGUUAUAGCAAAAACACUGAGGAAUGCGAUAUCCAUUUUGUUGUUCCCAAAGAAGUUUUACCAACCGACGUUGACAGCCAAGCGGACUGGAUGAAUUUUGGCCGUGGUAGAUACUACGGUUUGCCACGAGAUUGCUACGAUCUGCACACAUGGGGAUGCCCUGAUGAUGUGUACACCGUUUACCCCGCAUCAACUACCCCAUUCAAAGUUUACUGUGAUAUGACUGGUGGCGGUUGGACCUUCAUCCAGAGACGCUUCAACGGCUCUAUCCCAUUUCAUUCCAAGUUAUGGAGCGAUUAUAAAGUAGGGUUCGGGAUUGCGUCAAAGACUGGGGAACACUGGAUCGGAAAUGACAACAUUCAUAGCUUAACUACCCAAAGAGGAUCUGGAAUGGAGGUAGAGUUCGAGUUGAAACAUCCAAGUGGAGGUUGGUACUACGCUAACUAUAAGAAUUUCUACAUCGAAAAUGAAGCUAACUGGUAUCGUUUAUGGAUAGGAGAUUAUAGUGGUACUGCCGGAGAUGCUAUCCACACACCCGACUACUACCCUGCUAAAAAGGACCUGAAUGGGCGUUACUUCAGCACCUCCGAUGAAGACCACGAUGCAACGAAUACAGACAAUUGCGCAGACUCUUAUAAAGCGGGUUGGUGGUACAAUAAAUGCAGCGCAUCCUGGCUAAACGCGGUAUAUUCUUCAGAUGGCAUGUUUCAACCGGUUUCGACUCAUCCCGACUAUAGAGGAUUGUACUGGGGGAAGCUCAGUCUAGACAUAAAAUAUAAUGGAACGUAUGCAUCGAUUAUGGAAACCAUCAUCAAGAUAAAGCCAAUGGACGUUGAAUGACUUGGUAUAAAGUACCUUGUAUAAAUUAGUUACUCUAAUUAAAAUACUGUUAUUUAUUAUUUUUUUAAACAUUCGUCGUUAUUUAUGUGAAAUUCCGAAAAUACAUACAUAUGUGCUGGACACAGCUUUAAAAGCUAUAGACACGUGUAUUAAUGUUUAUGUACAUAGGCCACCAACUUCGUUCUAUUUUACAUCAGGAUUAUGGAAUCCUUUCCCUUUACAAUGGGUACAUUUUACGUCCUUUUUACUGCGGCCAGUAAAUAAGUUCCAAAUCCAGGUUUUCAGGGGUUGUAUGGAUCCAACGUUUCCCUGUGGACCUAAUAUGCCCAUUAGUGUUGUGAAAAACCCUAAAGCAUAUAACAUUGCGAAUCCUAUUGUUCCAAACAUGAACAGUCCGAACUGCAUGAAGAAAAGAAUCUUAGCAAAGAGCAUAAACAGGGAUGCCCCUAGCGUAGUGAUGGAACCGGAUAUGACUGAUAUACCGACGUCACGUAACAUGUCUUGUGUUCUUCCGAGCCGAUCAACCUUUGGCGAAUUAUGAUAUCCUUCCGCCAGAUGAACCACGUAGUCAACAGCCAGACCAACCACCAAGGAAAGGUUCAAUGAUUCGAGUACCUGAAGGUGAAAAUAAUACAUGUUUAAUAUUUCAUUUUCAAUUUUGAAUGUCAGUCCUACAAAGACUUUAACGGUCCUUCUUGGAUGGCUAUUUCAUCUUUUUUAUUAAUGGCGCUUUUCAUAACUUUGCUCUACCUGUGCCCUGGUGAUUUUUUGGUAUUGUGUCAACUGGAAAUUUAAGUAGUGCUUCUUGGAAGGCCUAACUUGUCCCACAGUAUCCGUGGAUAUUUAAUGUGUUUUUCUACAUUGCACAUUUGGUCUAUUAUAUGUAUUGAUUUUCCGAAAGGUCAGAACAUUCUUUGAUUGACCAUAACAUAAGCAAUAAAUAAAAAGCUUUUUAAGGUAAACUAUAAAUGUCAUCCAUGGAUUCUAGUUUCUCUCCCUGAAAAAUAAGAUUCAUUAAAAAAUCCAGUUUGGACUGAACUUAUAUAUACAAUGUGUAUUGUCGAAACUAGAAUAGCACCAAAGGUAACCAUUGUAAUCCUAUCUUACCCCUAGUUUCCACCCGACCAAUGGAAUGAGGCCGACGAUAGUGACUGUAAUACAACUGAUGGAUACGGUAGCGAUGAACCCGAUUAUGAUGUUGUUAGUGGCGAGGACGAGAACAGGGAACGCUAUACUGAUGCCAAUGAUGAUGCCCUGAAUGGCAGACUUGGACAGAACCUAAAAUGGCGAUAAAUGAAAUAGGCUGUGAAUAAAAUAGAGAAAUGUGUGUUUUCAUUAGCUAACAAAGCUUACAAGAACAUACCUGUUACAAGUGAGAGAUCAUACACGAGUUGUAGUGAAUUGUGAAGUUAAAAACGACCCGAGACUCGCAUCAAAAAGGUUUAUUUCACGUGAAAGCUUAAUAUAUUACUAGGUGCUAAUCAUGACACAAUAGUAACAUAACCAUAGGGUGGAAGCAUGGAACAGUCACCGUGGAGUAAAAUUGAAUACUCAAAGAAUUGCCAUCCCCUUAUAAUAUAGAACGUAAACAAUACUUGGAGUAAAUCAAUAUCUUACACACAACGAAAACAUUACUCAAUUGUUUAAGUUGUACAUUUUAUAAUUAUGAACUUUACUUCAAUAGCACUGCGCUCUCAGUAGAUAUUGUAAACGGUAUUAUUCCGUUUGUAG